ACAUUGCACGUCUUGUAAAUCGAUUCAGUUUGUUUUACGCUUCAUUGAAAAGCGGAUCGGCAUUAAGAAAAGUGAAAUAUUAUUGGCACCUGAAAUAGUUGGAAGUCUUCAUAUUUGUAUACAUAUAAAUAAAAACAUUGUUCACAAUGCAAGGAAAACCAAUGCAAAUUAUAAGCAUUUGCAGUGAAAAUGGUUCGGCUAGUUCUCGCUGCAUUCUGCAAUUAAAUGAAGAUGAAUUAAAUGAGAUGUUUAUGGACGAAAAAAUCAAAGAUCGCGUAGUGUCUGUGAUUUCAGUAGCCGGAGCUUUUCGCAAAGGGAAAAGCUUUCUUUUGGAUUUCUUUCUACGUUACAUGUACGCCAAAUACGUUCAUAAUAACUUGAGUGAAAAAGAUUGGCUCGGCGAUGAGAAUGCACAACUUAAAGGGUUUUCAUGGCGAGGCGGUUCGCAACGCGAUACCACUGGAAUUUUAAUAUGGUCUGAUAUCUUCCUAUAUGACCAUCCAAAUGGAGACAAAGUUGCAAUAAUUUUAAUGGACACGCAGGGCACUUUCGAUUGUGACAGUACCAUGAAGGACUGUGCCAAUGUUUUUGCAUUAAGCACAAUGAUAUCUUCAGUUCAAAUUUUCAAUAUUCAAUCUAAUAUACAAAAGGACGAUCUACAGCAUUUGCAGUUAUUCACCGAGUAUGCGCGUAUUGCUAUGGAGAAUACGGGGAAAAAACCGUUUCAAAAGUUACAAUUUUUAAUACGCGACUGGUUCCAUAGAGAUGAAGCUCCAUUCGGAGCGCUCGGUGGUAAACAAUUACUUGAGCAAACAUUAAUUCGGAAAGACAAAAAACCGGAGGAGAAUGAACAACUAUGUGAGCAUGUGAGAACUAGUUUCAACGAAAUUGACUGUUAUUUAAUGCCACAUCCCGGUUUCGCUAUCGAAAAAUCCGAUUUUUGCGGUUGUUUAAAAGAUCUGCGUGACGAGUUCAAGGAACAAUUACGUGACUUCAUUCCCCUAAUUUUGGCACCAGAAAAUUUAAUUAUCAAAGAAAUAAACGGGGAGAAACUAAAAGUCGAUCAUCUUCUAACCUACAUUCGGUUAUAUUUUGAAUCAUUCAACAGUAAGGAGUUCCCAGAGCCUACAACAAUUUUUAAGGCUACAGCAGAGGCAAAUAAUCAAAUCCAUGCUACAAUCGCCGAAGAAUCAUAUGUGAACGAAAUGACAGAAUUAACCAGUCCCGAAAACCCAUAUAUUCCGGAAGAAGAACUAGAGAGAAAGCAUAAGGAGUAUCUAGAGAAAACAAUUUCGUCUUUUAAAGACAAACCAAUAUUAGGCAAAGCAAAUUAUUUUAUGAAAUAUUCCCACAAAAUUAAAAGCUAUUGCUCGUCGAGAUUUCAACAAUUCUGCAAGCUCAACGAAGCUAAAUUGGCUCUUGCCGAAGUCAAUUAUUUAAGCUAUAUGAAUAAAUGCAUUAGAGAUUUUGAGAAGUUUAUGGAUGAAUUGCUUAUAGGGAAUGCAUAUAUACCUUCAAAUGAGUUUAACAGCAAUAUGAAAGCUGUAAAAUUGGAUGUACUACAACAGUUUGAUUCGUGUCUAUCGAACAGUACAGCGGUAAUUCAUAAAAAGAUUCGUGAGCAGCUUCAAAAGGCUAUUGAAAAACAAUUCAUCAAAUACAAGCAACAAAAUGAUAUAAAACUGGAAUUAUUACAACUACAAUUGACACGGUUAAAGAUGAGUUAUGAAGGCUUAAUGAAGGAUGCUUGCAAAAGUGUAUUAACAGAAGAUAACCUCUUAUCUAAACACAAGGAGUUCAAAAUAAAGGCUCUUGAAGGGUUUGAAGCUUUACCAACUGAGAGGAAUUCGGACGAAAGACGUCAACAACUGGUUGGAGAAAUUGAAGAACUUUACGGGUAUUAUGGAUUUCAAAAAAACAUGCGUUUUCUAUGUAUGUUUGCACUACCGGGCCCUGUGCCUGCUUCGCACGGCAAAACAAAAUAUGAAAAGAAACACACUUGUUUUAAAUAAAGAUGGUU